CAUAUUUUGUUGGAAAAUGUUUCUUCGAAUAUCGAUCUUUGGGUUGGUUUUGUGCAGUCUUGCAACUGUCAAAUCCGAACAACCGUCAACAAGAUUAGGAAAUCCGGAAGUGAUUGUUACUCAAGGAAAAAUUGAAGGAAAGGAUAUUCGAUAUGAUCUUCGACGAAUCGACAGAUUUGUGGCAAUUCCGUAUGCAUCUCCGCCCAUUGGCGAUCUGAGAUUCAGUCCUCCUGUGGCUCAUCCAGGAUGGGGAGCCAAUAUAUAUGAUGCAACUGGAGGCUUAGGAACAGACUUGAAGGACAAGAUGUGUAUGCAAACAAGACCAAACACAGAUCUACGAAGUGGUGCAGUUGGAAGCGAAGAUUGUUUAUAUCUGAACGUAUGGGUUGCUGGGGGAGUUGACGAAGCCAGAAGAAAUCCACGUCCUGUAAUGGUUUGGAUUCACGGUGAAGGAUACAGUUAUGGGAGUAGUUGGGGACCAAGUGUAAACGACGAAAGACUUUAUGAUAUGGCACCUCUCGCACUGCGAGGUGAUAUAAUUGGUAUCAGUAUCAAUUACAGACUUGGUCCAUUCGGAUUUUUCAGUACUGGUGAUGAAAAUGCACCAGGUAACUACGGAAUGCUAGAUCAAGUGAUGGCGUUACAGUGGAUUCAAGAUAACAUCUGGGCAUUUGGAGGAGACGCACAAAGGGUGACUAUAUUUGGUCAGUCAACUGGUGGAACAAGUGUAGGUUUACAUAUGGUAUCUCCGAUGAGUACAAAUUUGUUUAGUCGAGCUAUUUCAGAGAGCGGAACAUCAUUGUCACAGUGGGGAUUACAAAGAGACCCGAUGCGAAGUGCGACAAAGCUAGCCGGAGAACUGAAUUGCACAACAGAAAACAAUGUUGAUCUUGUAUCCUGCAUUAAACAAAAACCCGCGGAGGAAAUUGCAACUGGUUUAAGAGUUUAUGGAGUAUUGAAGAUCUCAAAUCUGAAUUUACCUUGGGCGCCAGUCGUUGAUGGAAAAUUCCUGCCAAGUGAACCAGAGCUUCUUAUUCAAAAUGCUGCUACAAAGGAUUAUUUGAUUGGAAGCAAUAACAUGGACGGUCAUUUAUUCGCCGGACUUGACUUUCCUUUUUCAAGAUUACCUAUAGUUCCUAUGACAGAGAUAUCUCUACUCAGGGCAUCACGUCGACUGAGUCCCUACAUAACCCCCCACAUAUCUCAAUUGAUCGACUUCCAGUACCAGAAAUAUAAAGACGGACGAGAUAAGCAUUAUUAUAAAGAUGUGCUUGUUGAUUUAUACACUGACUUUAUGUUCACUGCUCCAACCUAUUCUAUGGCACAACAACAUUCAUUUUUAUCACAAAACCAGGGCACGGGAGCAAAAACGUUUGUUUACCUUUUCUCCGAACCCAAAACCCGAACGCUACUGAACGGAGAAUUCGAUGGUAAAUUGGAUGGCGCAGAACACGGAGAGGAAGUACAAUAUGUUUUUGAUGUACCCAAUCGAGCGGGACUCAGAUACAGCAGAGCAGAACAGAAACUUGCCAAUUCAAUCAUAACAUAUUGGACAAACUUUGCUCGGACAGGAAAUCCAAACGAGGGUGCGAAAGAUGCUUCUCCGGCUUAUUGGCCAGAAUACGAUUACAAUACGAGGCAUUAUCUUGAACUAAACACGAGUUUAGAAGACAGUGGCAACAAUGCAGUUGGAUAUUCUUUCCGGAGAGAUUUUUCCGUAUUCUGGAGUCGUAUGGUACCUCAAAUAUAUGGUUCAAAAAGUGGAAUUUGCGAAUCGGUUGCAAACAACCAGUAUUCUCGCACAAAAUCACUCAAUGUUUGGGGGGCAGAAACCGCUCUCAAACGCCCCAAGUUCAAAUUAGACCAACCCGAUGAGGAUGACUUCCUAAAACUGAAAAGUUUCCCAAAAACAAUCAGCAGUCGUGAAGGCAGCGUAUGCGAAGGAACAGGGGAUUUUAUUAGAGCUACAAGUUAUGGAUGCAUUCAAGGUGAAAUGGGAAAAACCAACGGAAUGUUGUACUCAAGGUUUCUUGGCAUCCCAUACGCAAUACCGCCGGUUGGAUCAGAAAGAUUUGAGAAACCUACAGAACCAACGCCCUGGACAGGAACGAGGUCGAUGACUACUUUCCAAAAAUCGUGUCCGCAAUCUCCAUAUGAUGCUUUAACUAUGAGUGAAGAUUGCUUGUACAUGAAUGUAUAUGUUCCCAUUGAUUCGACAGAACCGUACGACCAAGUCAUUCCGAAAAAAUACGCUGUUACGAUAUGGUUACAUGGUGGUGGUUAUAUGACAGGAGAUGGGAUGGAAAGUUAUAUGGGAGAUGUUUUAGCCACAUCUGAACAAGUAAUUGUGGUUACAAUGAAUUACAGGUUAGGUGCUAUUGGAUUCAUGAGUACGGGCAAUCGAUUUUCACCAGGUAAUUACGGAUUAUGGGAUCAAAAUCUUGCAAUGCAGUGGGUUGCUGAUAACAUAGAAGCGUUUGGUGGAGAUUCAGAAAGAAUGACUAUAUUUGGACAAGGCGCGGGGGCAGAAAGUGCUCAGUUACAUAUGGUCAGCCCUUCAAGUAGAAAAGUUGGAGUCAACCAAACUAUUUUGCAAAGUGGGACGUUAUAUGGAUUUUACGAUUAUCCAGACCAGGAAACAGUUUCAUCAGAAUUGAUUUCUCGUACUGCAUGCUCGCGAGCGACAUCAAGUGACUCAGUUGAAUGUGUGAGAUCGCUUCCUAUCGAAGAUAUUGUUUCUGGACAAGAUGGAUCGUUGGACGAAUCAGUUCCUCUUCAGUUUGCGCCUGUAGUUGAUGGUAGCUUCUUACUUAGAGACCCACGAAACCUUUUAACUCUUAAGGAAAUGCGUGGCUGGAAAUUCAUGCUGGGUUCUAAUAGCGGAGAUGGGACCCCAUACUGGGAUACAGUUACAAGCGUCAAUACCGCUGAUCAAUUCCGAAAUACUAUCAGAACCUCAUUUAGAGAUUCUUAUGGGGUGGCAUCAGAUGAUGUUGAAUUUGAAUAUACAGAAUGGGCAAAUGAAUAUUUUACAUCGGAUACUACGGAAAUGCAAAAACAACUAUUCUCCAUGUACACCAGUCAACGAUAUAAUUCCCAGGCUGCUAAACUUGCAUUUACCGCUGGUGGUACAUUGACAGAUGUGUACAUGUAUUCUCUCGAUUAUCCAUACCAAACAACAGAGCAACAGCAAUAUCCAUCAUGGACGGGUGUUAUGCACGGGGGAGAUAUUCCAUACGUCUGGGGAGAUAUUGUGAGAGAUUCAGCUACGCAAGGUGAAAAUCCGGAGGCCUCUAUCCUUAGUUUCAACAUGAUGAAAUACUGGGCCAACUUUGCAAAAACUGGAAAUCCAAGUAUGGGCGAUCAAGGUGUAUUGACAGACGUCGAGUGGCCACGGUAUCGCAACCUACAUCGUCAUUAUCUCAAACUUGACGGCAACGAUAUCUCGGCCGAUUCUUAUCUAGGUGGAAAAGAAACGGCAUUCUGGAAUUUUAUCAUGCCUACACUUCGAGUGUCCUGUCCGUUAUAUAUGCCUUGA